AUGCUAUUCCUGAAAGUAGCACUGCUUGCUCUUUUGACAAGGGCACAAGAGUCUGUUUGUAGGUUUCGAGGAAGACCAGAAUUUCCUACUUUUUCAAAAGAUGGAACAAUAACAAUUGGAGGAAUCUUUUCCUUCUACAGCAGUUUGGUUCGCACCACACAGACUUUCACCACCAUUCCUGAACCUCUAAAAUGCAAAAGCUUAAAUUUUAGAGAAUUUCAAUUUUCUCAAACCAUGAUAUUCGCCAUAGAAGAAAUAAAUAACAGAACAGACAUUCUUCCCGACAUUUCCCUGGGCUAUAAAAUCUAUGACAUUUGCCCUUAUUUACCUCUCUCUAUAAGAGCAGCACUGGCUUUAUUGAAUGGGCAGGAAGAAGAAAUACACUACGACAACUCCUGCACCAAACUAUCCAAUGUUCAUGCUAUAAUAGGACAGACAGCAUCGUCUUCAACAAUCAGCAUAGCAUCAACAGUAGGACCUUUUCGUAUUCCAGUGGUCAGUUACCUUGCUUCUUGUGCAUGUCUGAGCAAAAGAAAUCAGUUCCCUUCAUUUUUCAGAACUGUACCAAGUGAUUAUUUUCAGAGCAGAGCCUUGGCACAGCUUGUAAGGCAUUUUGGAUGGACUUGGGUUGGGGCAAUCAGAAGUGAUGAUGAUUAUGGAAAUUCAGGAAUGGCUACAUUUGUUCAAGUAGCCCAGCAGGAGGGUAUUUGCAUUGAAUACUCAGAAGCCUUCGCAAGAACUGACCUAAGAGAGAAAAUACUUAGGGUUCUAGAAAUCAUUAAAAAGUCCACCUCAAAGGUUAUUGUUGCUUUCUUGCCUCAAAUAGAGAUGGUAGUUUUGCUACGAGAAAUGUUGCUUCAGAAUGUUACUGGCUUGCAGUGGAUAGGCAGUGAAUCUUGGAUUAGUGCCAAAAACCUUGCAGCAGAGGGAGGUUAUAAAGUUCUGCAUGGGGCAAUUGGAUUUACAAUAAAAAACGCAGCUAUUACAGGUUUAAAGGAAUUUUUACUGAAUGUCCAUCCAUCUCAUUACCCUGAUAACAUUUUUCUGAAGGAGUUUUGGGAAACUGUUUUCAGUUGUACACUGACAAAACAAGACAAGAUUGAAAAUGUAAACCCAUGUACAGGGUCUGAGAAUUUAAGAGAUGUGAAUAACCAGUUCACUGAUGUAUCUGAGCUGAGAAUUUCCAAUAAUGUAUACAAAGCUGUGUAUGCUAUAGCAAAUUCACUUCACAAUCUUUUUACAUGCAAAAAUGGGCAAGGUCCUUUUCCUGAUAAAACAUGUCCAAACCACAUGAAGAUUGAACCAUGGCAGGUACUUCAUUACAUGAAAACAGUUAAUUUCACAACCAAAACUGGAGAAAAUGUAUUUUUUGAUGAAAAUGGAGAUCCAGCAGCAAGAUAUGAAUUAGUAAACUGGCAGCUUAAAAAAAAUGGGCAAAUUGAAUUUGUUACAGUUGGCUCUUAUGAUGCAUCUUUACCAGCAGGGCAGCAAUUUACAGUGGAUAACAUCAGCAUUGUUUGGGCCAAUGAUCAGAAUCAGGCACCUAAAUCAGUGUGCAGUGAGAGCUGUCCUCCAGGCACUCGGAAGGCUGUUCAGAAAGGAAAGCCUGUUUGUUGCUUUGACUGCAUACCAUGUGCUGAAGGAGAAAUCAGCAAUCAGACAGAUUCCACUGGUUGUGUAAAGUGUCCUUUGGAAUACUGGUCAAAUGAGAAAAGAGAUCAGUGCUUCUUAAAGGGCAUUGAAUUCUUAUCAUUUGGAGAAAUCAUGGGAAUAGUGUUAGUAACAUUCUCAUUGGUUGGAGCUUUUGUAACCACUGCUAUAGCUGUUGUUUUCUUUCGAUUCAAGGAUACACCCAUUGUAAGAGCUAAUAACUCUGAGCUCAGUUUCCUUCUUUUGUUUUCAUUAGCACUGUGUUUCCUUUGUUCACUUACCUUCAUUGGCCAGCCCUCUGAGUGGUCCUGUAUGUUGCGCCACACUGCCUUUGGGAUCACAUUUGUCCUGUGCAUCUCUUGUGUUCUGGGGAAAACAACAGUCGUGUUAAUGGUAUUUAGAGCUACACUUCCUGGUAAUAAUAUGAUGAAAUGGUUUGGGCCCAUCCAGCAGCGGUUAAGUGUUUUUGCAUUCACAUUUAUUCAGGCGUUAAUAUGCACACUUUGGCUGGCUAUAUCCCCUCCUUUUCCAAACAAAAACAUGACAUCCUACAAAGACAGAAUCAUUUUAGAAUGUGACCUAGGAUCUGCAGCAGCAUUUUAUGCCAUUCUAGGGUACAUUGGAUUUCUUGCUUCCAUGUGCUUUCUGCUUGCCUUUCUGGCCAGGAAGCUGCCAGAUAACUUUAAUGAAGCUAAAUUCAUUACAUUUAGCAUGCUCAUAUUCUGUGCAGUUUGGAUCACUUUCAUCCCAGCUUACAUCAGUUCACCUGGGAAGUACACAGUAGCUGUAGAAAUAUUUGCAAUUUUAGCUUCCAGUUUUGGUUUACUCUUCUGUAUUUUUGCUCCUAAAUGUUAUAUUAUAUUAUUAAGACCUGAAAAGAAUACCAAAAAACAUUUGAUGGGUAAAAUGCAAUCAAAAUCACUUUGA